AUGGCUGACGCUCAGCUCGCUCUGUUUCUCGCGUUGCUGCUCGGUCCAACAAUCAAACUCAAACCUCCUUUCGGGCAGCCGGAUAAAUGCCGCGCGAGAUUGGAUUGGAUGCGCCGCUCGAAACCGCACAGGCUCGUCCAACGGCUCUCGCAAGGAAUGACGGUGCGCUGGAAUGAGGCCACCCUGACCCGUGCCGAAGAGGAUGAGAGGUAUUGGAAGGAAGAUGGAGGGGUGGAGGAGGAAGGAGGGAAAAAGGAUUGCUCGCGCACCCGUGCACCGCACGCUAUACUCCUCCUCGUGGGGGGUUGGCAGGUUUGGCCGCGGCGCAGGAAAACUCUGAGACGGCGUGACGCACGUUGCCGCAUGCCAAAAAGUCGCUCGCCCGCCCAGCACAUGCCCGCCCACCCACCCGACCUCAUCCGGCCUGCAGGCCGAGAGCCCCUCAACUCUCACGUUUUUCCUGCAACGCUGCAUCAUGCCGCCCUAGUCGAGGCGCUAUUAUUAAUGACCUACGCAAUCCCUCUCGUUGGCUCCAACACGAGGCUCUGUCUGCCUGUCGCUUAUCCGCCCACGCCUCACGUAUUUCCGUCCCUCACCGCAUCUUCUGGCUAA